GGUGAAGUUAGUUCUGUCAAAGUCAAACGUCAAAACCAUGCGGGUUGUAUGUCAUUUAAAAAACCGUUAUUUUCAGGGGAAUUUAAUUAAAAUAUAAUUAAAACAACGCAGAUUUGUUGUUUAAUAAAGAAUAAAAUGUCUAUGUUAGCCGAAAGAAAGCAAAAACAGCGAUGGAGUUUAAAUCCGAGGGGAAAACAGUGGUCCGAAGAUUCAUCAAAAUUCGGGCAAAAAUUGAUGGAAAGAAUGGGAUGGAAGCACGGAAAAGGAUUAGGCGCGAACGAGGAUGGUUUAACAGAAAACGUGAAAUUAAAUUAUAAGAACGAUCAAAAAGGAAUGGGUUAUAAAGAGACGGAGCAAUGGACGGAGCACGAAGAUCAUUUUACACAACUAUUAAAUACAUUAAACGGGGAUUCAAACGAUAAUUCAAAAAAUGAUGAGGUUAAAGUGAGCUCGUUACACGAAAAAGCCGAAAAUGUGAAAACACGGAUUAAUUACCACAAAUUUACGAAAGGGAAAGAUUUGAGUCGAUACUCGGAAAAAGAUUUAGCAAACAUUUUUGGAAGAAAAAAUUUAAAAAAGGAGGUUAAAAAUAAAGAAAAAAUUGAAAUUAAAGACGAUGUAAAUGAAAAAGAAGGAAAUUUGAUUAAUAAAGGGUCCAUUACGGAUUAUUUUAAAAGAAAAUUGCCCCAAUUUGGGAAAUUUGGUGAUGUUGGGGUUAAAAUCGGAAAUAAUGGAGUGUUAACUAAGGAAGGUUCUGAUACAGAGAGUGAGAAAUGCUUCGGAUUUGGAUUUAAUAAUGAUCAAGGGUUAAAUGAAGGAAAAAAGAGGAGUUUGGAGGAAAUUGAUGAAUUUUCGGUUGAGAAGAAAGUUAAAAUUGAUGAAAAUAAUGAAACUAUUUUGUCCAAAGAUGAGAUAAAGUUGGAAAAAAAGAAGAAAAAGAAAAAUAGAUUAUCUGAAACUUUUAUUUCAUACUCGGAAAAUGAUUUUUCUUCGUCUACGAUGAAUGAAGAAUUAAAAAAUAAUUGCCAUGAAGAAAGUGAGGUUAAAAAAAGGAAGAAAAAAUUAAAAUUGGAUGAAAACGGAAUGAGUGAUUGUGUAAAGGAACAAGAUAUUAAAUGUGAAGAGGUAAUUGGUGAAAAAGAUUUGGAUGGGGAUGAAAUGUUUGUUAAAAAGAAAAAGAAAUGUAAAAAAAAUAAAAAAGAAAAUGAAAAUUUAAAGUUUAAUAAUGAAGAUGUUGCAGAGAUUGUUGAAAUCAAAGAGGAACCUAACCUAACCUCAAAAAAAAAGAAAAAGAGGAAAGAAAAAGAUAUUAAAGAUUUAGUUGAAAGAGAAAAUGAAACUGUUUUUAAUGAAAAAGAUGAAAUAGUUAAUGAAAAAGAAGAAAUAGUUAAUGACAUAAAUAUAACCUCAAAAAAGAAAAAGAAAAAAUUGAAAGAUAACGAAAUUAAAGUUAAUUCUGAUUUAAAUUCAUCGAAUAAAAGAAAAUUACCGAACGAAGAUAAUGAUGAUGUUUUAGAACCGCCUGUUAAAAAGAAAAAAUCAAAAAAGUCGAAAAAUAAUCCUCAAGCCGAUGUGUCAACAUUGGGAAUAAUAAAUCCGAGUUUUGAUCCAAACUUUAAUCCCCAACAAAUAGAUUUGGAAUUAAGGAAACGAACUAAAGUCAUUAUUGAAUAUGAAAAUGACGAUUUAUCAAAGAAUGAUUCAUUAAAGAACGAAAAAUCAUCGAAAAAAUCUAAAUCUGAAAAAGGAAUUGUCAAUCCUUCCUUCGAAGAUUUAUUACCAACCGUAAAAAAUAAAAGUGUACAAAAUGGGAUUGAUAAUCCAACGCUAAAUGUGUUGGAGGACUCAGAUUUGACUUUAAAUGUGGUUACAACGCCGAUUUUAAAAUCGGAACGAUCGAUUUCUCGGCUACGCAAAUCGGUUCGAUUUAGUAAAUCGAAUGAGGAGCAUAUUAUUCCGAAUAAUUAUAUGCGAGAAAGAAACGAGUUGUUUGAUAUAAAUACUUUGGUCGUUGAGGAAAGUAUUAAAGAGGAAUUAAAAAACAAAGAUUCAAUUAAUAACGGUUUUGUAAAUAAUGGAUUUGAUAUCAGAGCGAUUGAUAAAUUAAGUUUCUUUGAAACCGACGAAAAAGGUGGUAUCGAUAAUCCAUGUUUUCAACCUAAAGGAUUAGAUGAUAAAGUUAACGAGUUGUCUCAACGGGUUGAAAAUUUUGAGGCGAAAUUAGAUAAUGAUAUAAACGAGUAUAAAAGUAAUUACCAAGAAGUUUUUGUUGGUUGUAACGAUUCGGUUAAGGAACAUAUCGCAGUUUCCGAAGGGGUUAGAUUAAGUUUUAGUAAUGUUACGUUUGGCCAAAAUCCUUCAUGGAUGAGUCGAGCUGAAACAACGGCAAAGAAAUCUUAUAAACAUCUUAUAAAAGGCGAUAUUAUUGUUGCGUUUAAAAGUAGUAAUUUGCAUGAAAUAACUGGGUAUGGUGUUGAAAAAAAAUGAUAAUAAAGAAAUUAAUUAACUAAA